GGCGGCGGGGCGGGGCCGGGCGGGGCGUAGGUGCUGGUGGUGGUCACUGGUGGUCACUUGUGGGGUUUCCAUUGUAGACUUUGCACUUCUACCGUGGAGAGCGACUACACACACACAGCUGAGUCUAUGAUAAUAGUAGCGACACUCCAGAGUACUAUCGAGUACAGACUACAACUCUUCACAAUUCCAUACCUCACACCUCUUCUCUUCUCUUCUCUUCUCUUCUCACUUCACACUUCUUCCAUACGUCUCCAAGCCCCUUCACCCUUCACCCUUCACCUCACCCAUCGUCAAAGCGGCGGCGGCGCAUGGUCUCGCAGACAUAUUAAUUUCUACCAAGGGUCAUCACAACAGCAAGAGCAGGGGGCAACCGUGAUCGGAAAGCUCCACAAGCGAUCUGACGCAGCACCAAUUCGGCCGGCGCGAUUACGAUCCCACCUCGAAGAAACCGAUCCGUCGCUCCCAGCCUCCAGCCUCCGCAGCAAAGUUCUGUCACACGUUUCAUCUUUUCGACUUUCGGAGGCUGUUGUGGCAGGGGUGUGUGUGUGGGAGGGGGAGGGUAGGGAUCACCCCACCCCGGGGAUGCUUGGCGCCGAGGGGGAAGGGCCAAUUGCGAGAGAGUGGGAGGUCACCACUCUGGGGGAGACUAGGGAAGAGGAGGAGGGGACCGCUUUAUAUAUGUAUUUACAUACGGAAGAUAUGAUAUGUAUGUUCGACCGUCGCCGGAAACCUAGGUGCCGUCCCCGCGAAAAGGUCAAAGAUCAAAGAAUGGCUCGGAGGGGAGAGGAGAGGAGGUGAGGGGAGAAUGCCGCCCCGGCAAGGGCAGUCAUCAAGGGGAAGGGGGAGG